CCCCCCCCCCCCCACGACAAAAGAAGACCCCGAAGUCGAUCACAGGCGCCAAGUACCGUUAAGUUUCCCUUGUGAGCCGGUACUCUUGAUAACACUUGCUUUAGUAAAUUAAUUUUUAACGCUGCCUGAAUAUCAAAGUAAUUAACGUGUAGUGGCGAGUCUCCGCUAUAAUAUAUCUCGUUUUAUCAAGAUGUCAUCGUCUAAUGGCAGAGGACUGAAGGGAAAAGUGGCCUUAGUAACAGGUGCCUCAUCAGGUAUUGGCAGAGGGUGUGCUAUAGCUCUGGCAAAAGAAGGAUGCUAUGUUGCAGUUACAGGUCGCAAUGCUGAUGCUCUUACAGAAGUAACCCGUCUUUGUCAUGAAGCUGGUGUCCCAGAAGGCAAGGUUAAAAGCAUACAAGCUGACCUUAGUGAAGAUGCUGAUUGUGAACGUGUUAUAUCAUCAACUGUGUCACAUUUUGGUCGUCUCGAUAUAUUAGUAAAUAGUGCUGGAAUAUUAAUUAGUGGUGGAAUUGAAACUAUUUCAAUGGAAGACUAUGACAAACAGAUGAAUGUUAAUGUCCGAUCUUUGUUCUUGAUGAUGAAAUUGGCUUUGCCUCACAUCCUGCAGCAGAAAGGAAAUAUAGUUAAUAUUUCUUCAGUGACAGGACUUAGAGCUUUUCCUGGGGUAGUAUCAUAUAAUAUGAGCAAAGCUGCUGUAGAUCAGUUGACUCGCUCUGUAGCUUUGGAAGUUGCUGACCGAGGAGUUCGUGUUAAUGCAGUGAACCCAGGUGUCAUCGUAACUGAAGUCCAUAAAAGAUCUGGCAUGAGUGAUGAGGCCUACAAGAAGUUUCUGGAACAUGGCAAGUCAACGCAUGCCUUGGGUCGUGUAGGUGAGGUCCAGGAAGUUGCUGAUGCAGUUGUGUUUCUUGCCUCUGAUAAUUCUUCCUUUAUUACUGGAACUACUCUUCCAAUAGAUGGUGGACGCUCUAUUAUGUGCCCUCGCUAAUAAAAAGUCAUGAAAAAUAUCUACUUAACUGCGAGUACAGUGUUAAGAAUAUCAGUGUGAAUGAUUGUUAAUGAAAUGGUGAAAAAUAUCUAUGUAAUAUUGCUAUAAUAUCACACUGAAUGACCGUGUUAAUGAAACUGUUGUUUUAGGUGAACUUAUUUACUCUUAAGUGUUGGGAAUUUUUCGGUACAAAAACUCCUUUACAGAUUUUGUGAGUAACAGUCAUGAAGAUUGCAUAAAAUUAAUCAUGAAAAUAAAAUCCUCUUAUUAAAAAUUGUGAAAUAAAUUCUGUGGACUUAUCAACAAGGAAUUAGGGUUGGCAAGGUCAUUCACUUUCUUGUUAGAUAAAAUGUGUGAUUUCAUAAGAAAUUUUUACAAGUUGUUUUCUUUAGAUAUGCAAAUGUUAUGAACGAAAAUAAAUUUUGUUAAAAUGA